CAAGUCCCAGUGUGCCCCGCGGCGGGCGAGUGCAGCUCCGGGUCUCAUCCUCUCCGCUUUCCCACUCUUCCUUUCUUUUCCUUCUCUCUGAAUCCUCUGCUCGGGACUCCAGUCUGUGAAAUCCUUCGUCGCUCUCCCUACCUUUUUCUCUCAUUUUUAACCAUCCUUUCCCCCAUUCCCGGGAGCCAAUGCGAGACGUUGGCUCCGAUUAAGCGACAGCUUGGGACUCGGGGUACACGAGGGAGGAUCGACUCCGAGUGGUGAUGGAGAGCACCCCCUUGAGGGGUGGACUGAACCGAGCACACCUACAAUGCAGGAAUCUACAGGAGUUCCUUGGGAGCCUGAGCCCUGGGGUAUUGGACCGACUAUAUGGGCACCCUGCCACCUGUCUAGCUGUCUUCAGGGAGCUCCCAUCUUUGGCUAAGAACUGGGUGAUGCGGAUGCUCUUUCUGGAGCAGCCUUUGCCACAAGCUGCUGUGGCCCUGUGGGUGAAGAAGGAAUUCAGCAAAGCUCAGGAGGAAAGUACAGGGCUGUUGAGUGGCCUCCGGAUCUGGCACACGCAGCUGCUCCCUGGUGGUCUCCAGGGCCUCAUCCUCAACCCCAUCUUCCGCCAGAACCUCCGUAUUGCCCUUCUGGGUGGGGGCAAGGCCUGGUCUGAUGACACAAGUCAGCUGGGACCAGACAAGCAUGCCCGGGAUGUCCCCUCACUUGAUAAGUAUGCCGAGGAACGAUGGGAGGUGGUCCUGCACUUCAUGGUGGGCUCCCCCAGUGCAGCCGUCAGCCAGGAUUUGGCUCAGCUCCUCAGCCAGGCUGGGCUCAUGAAGAGUGCUGAGCCUGGAGAGCCACCCUGCAUCACCUCUGCUGGCUUCCAGUUCCUGUUGCUGGAUACCCCUGCCCAGCUCUGGUACUUUAUGCUGCAGUACCUGCAGACAGCCCAGAGUCGGGGCAUGGACCUAGUGGAGAUCCUCUCCUUCCUCUUCCAGCUCAGCUUCUCUACUCUGGGCAAGGAUUACUCUGUGGAAGGUAUGAGUGACUCUCUGUUGAACUUCCUGCAGCAUCUGCGUGAGUUUGGGCUUGUUUUCCAGAGGAAGAGGAAGUCUCGGCGUUACUACCCUACACGCCUGGCCAUCAAUCUCUCAUCAGGUGUUUCUGGGGCUGGGGGCACUGCACAUCAGCCAGGCUUCAUUGUCGUGGAGACCAAUUACCGACUGUACGCCUACACGGAGUCGGAGCUGCAGAUCGCCCUUAUUGCCCUCUUCUCUGAGAUGCUCUAUCGCUUCCCCAACAUGGUGGUGGCGCAGGUCACACGGGAGAGUGUGCAGCAGGCCAUCGCCAGCGGCAUUACAGCCCAGCAGAUCAUCCAUUUCCUAAGGACAAGGGCCCACCCAGUGAUGCUUAAACAGACACCGGUGCUGCCGCCCACCAUCACGGACCAGAUUCGGCUGUGGGAGCUGGAAAGGGACAGGCUUCGCUUCACCGAGGGCGUCCUGUAUAACCAGUUCCUGUCGCAAGUGGACUUUGAGCUGCUGCUGGCCCACGCGCGGGAGCUGGGCGUGCUGGUGUUCGAGAACUCGGCCAAGCGGCUCAUGGUGGUGACGCCCGCCGGGCACGGCGACGUCAAGCGCUUCUGGAAGAGGCAGAAGCACAGCUCCUGAGCGCGUGCACCAGGACCGGAGCCGGGCGCCGUCCCGGGACUCAGGCGUUUUAUUUUCACGUGGGGACUCCGCUGGUUUAAUAAAGUAAAAGUGAGCGACGAG